GUGGUUUGUGUCAUUCGCAGUUUACCUCUCGCGGAGGGCAGUCUGCAUUUCGUGUUUGUUUACGUUGUUGCGGUUUGUGUUUUUUUUCUGUGGAGGUGCAGAAACAAGGAAAGAAGAAAACAGGAAAAAUAACAUUACCAGUUUGCUUGACAUCCGAAAAGUGUUUUCCAUCGUCGGAAAAGAUAAAAACGGAUAAUCUCACAGGAUUGUUUCGUAGUUUGGUUGUAAAUCUUCUAAACUAGAGAACCAGCGAAAGUGUGUAAGUGUUCUUAGAAGUUUGUCGCAAGACGGAAUUUUCUUUCCUUUCUCCUGGAUGCGGUUUCAUUGUUCCCAAAUACAAAAAAGAAAGGAAAAUACUGUCUGGGGAAAUAUUGCAGAGAGUAAAAAUCAUCGCUGAGUGUUUCGCUGUAUAUGAAUAUGACCGAGUGUUGUUUAUCGAAAUUUGUGCUGAUAAAGGUGUAAAAAGUAAAGAGUGCAGUUUGUUUUCACCAGAAUACGUAUUGCGACACACAUCGACCACGGUUUUGUGCGGAAAAGACGUCCGCAGCGGGGAAUAGUAUGUAAAUUUAAUCAAUUUGCACAGUGCCACAAGUGCAUGUACCCUACCUUUGGAAGUGUGUAUUCUGUAGCUGACAGAGUUCGUUUUUAUUGAUCGAAAUUAGUAAACCAACCGGAGGAGCACUGCAGCUGUGAAUGAUUCUUUUUGGCGUGUGCUGUUUUGCUGCUGUUAGUUCUUCCUAGACGGAUUACCAGCUGAGCUGCUCUGCUGAUCCUUUCCAGCAACGACAACGAUAGCGAAAAAAAAAACAACAUACCGACCAGGUGUUGUAUGAAAAGGAACUCCCAAUCAACGGGCAAUACGGCUUGAGUCCCUACAGCGACGUGCUAAUAAUUUGCAACCUGUAGACGACGUCACACCGUGGUUGAACCGAGGACGACUAUCCGGCAAACCAACAGCACAUAGUCUAGGGCCGAACAGUGUGCCGAAGGGAUAUUGCCUGGCCUGAUGGAAGCAUGGACAACGAGCAGCCCCACCAGGAAUUGGUAAAAUGUGUCCUCGUAGGCGACACCGCCGUUGGCAAAACGCGUCUGAUAUGUGCACGAGCUUGCAACAAGCAUGUUUCACUUUCGCAGUUACUUAACACGCAUGUGCCAACCGUGUGGGCCAUUGACCAAUAUCGGAUAUACAAGGAUGUGCUGGAGCGCUCGUGGGAAAUCGUAGACAGUGUCAACGUCUCGCUGCGGCUCUGGGACACUUUCGGAGACCACGACAAGGAUCGACGCUUCGCGUAUGGAAGAUCCGACGUUGUGCUGCUAUGUUUCUCGAUAGCGAAUCCGGUGUCGCUGCGCAAUUGCCGCGCCAUGUGGUACCCGGAAAUACGUAAAUUCUGUCCAGAUACUCCUGUGAUUCUAGUCGGCUGUAAGAACGACCUUCGGUACAUGUACCGAGAUGAGACCUAUCUGUCCUACUUCGGCGACCGGAGUCCCUUCGUGCGGGCGGCCCGGAAGAGCGAUCUGGUAAUGCCGGAUGAAGCCCGUGCCGUGGCCAAAGAGCUCGGCGUGGCAUAUUACGAAACGAGCGUGUUUACGUACUUUGGCGUAAACGAGGUGUUCGAAAAUGCAAUCCGGGCCGCCCUGAUAGCUCGGCGUGAGCAUCGGUUUUGGAUGACCAAUCUGAAGCGGGUGCAGCGGCCGAUACUACAAGCUCCAUUCCGACCGCCAAAACCUCCGCCACCAGAAGUAACGGUCAUUACCGGCACUCAUACUAAAGAUAUGCUAAACAUGUUCAAUUCGCAGUGCUAUACAGAUUUAGUAUUAAUUGUCGGUACUAUACGUUUUUCCGUACAUAGAUUUAUGUUAGCUAGUAGUUCUAAUGCAUUUCAUAGGUUACUGACGAUGGACAUCUCCGAUAUGGGUGCCCGUAGUAGCAGCGAGUCCAGUAUGGUUAGUUCAACGUUCGGCGAAUCGACGACGGCCGAUUUUAACGAGGACACGGAAUGUCUGAUUCGGGCCGAGCAGAACAAAGCUCCCAACAGAAUGUGGGAACAACUGAAGCGGCGCUCUAGUUAUCAGGCCCUGCCAACGGUGGAGCCGAAGAAGGAUCUCUAUCGCGAGUUGCACCAUCCAGUGUUUCAGAGUAUUAGAGUUUUCCAGAUCGAGAAUGGAAAACACACUUAUACGCAAACACAGACAAUAGUCUCAGUGAGUAAGCUUAUCACCCCGCAAGCCAUGCAGCAAUGCUUGAAGUUCAUCUAUACCGGUGCAAUCGAUCGCGAGUGUCUCGAUUUGCAAACAGCUACUAUAGGAUUGAUACUGGAAAUACGCCAAGCUGCAGAAUUUUUAGAACUUCCCCAAUUGAUGGUCCUUCUGUCCAAUACGCAAGCAAACCAGAGCUUCAUGAAUGAUGAAACAAUUCAGCACUAUUCAACGUGCAUGAAACAGAACCUGGAGAAAUAUUGUGUUCAGGAUGGCAUCUUCGGAGACAUUACGUUUGAGCUGGAUGAUGGUCACAUGAAAGCUCACCGAGCCAUGCUGGUGGCACGAUGUGACGUGAUGAAGGCCAUGCUGAAUGGGGACUUUCGCGAGGCGCAUGCCAAUUUGAUUGUACUUCCAGGUGUAACCGAAUACACAUUCCACAAGCUGCUGUGCUAUCUCUACACGGACGAGAUUCCGCCCAUUUCGGCAGACAAGUGUCUGAAUCUACUUGAAUUGGCGAAUCGGCUGUGCUUGCCACGGUUGCUCAACCUGGUCGAGUGCCGGGUGAUCGAGGAUCUUACGCGUAUGUCGCAGAACGAAACCAGUGAAGCGGUCGAGCAUUGCUUGCGGCUGUUGGAGUCUGUCAAGCUUCACAAUGCUCAUCAAUUGGCCGAAUGGUGCAUGUCGUAUUUGUGCGUGAACUACAACAGCAUUUGUAAGCUUUCGCCACGAAGUUUGAAGAGCUUACAUCCGGAUAAUCAGGACUACCUGCGGGAACAUCGAUGGCCACCGGUGUGGUAUCUGAAGGACUACGACUACUAUCAACGAUGCAUGAACGAGCUCAACCGAGAGCUGAAUAAUGGAAAGAAAGACUGCACGGCGGACGACAAAGGUUGUCUCUGCUUCUCGGGAGUAUUUUUCUGGCUACUAGGGAAAUCCAAGCGAUCGGCCGUGGCAGCCAAAUCGACCCUGCAGACGGCAAUCACCGCCAGUUCGGAGCACCAGUCGGACAUGGUCAGUACCAGUCUGUUCCAGUCGAACGCCAACUCGGUGAACCAGCUCGAUCCGGAACACGACGGAGCGGAUCUCUGACAUUUGGCCGACGGGCCGUGGAGAUCGCUCCGCUUCAUUGUGAUUCUGCCAGUGUUGAUCUGCUUCAUCUGCACCAUCCUGAGCAUACUGAUAAUAUUCCAAAUCUACACCUAAUAUUUGCUGCAACGGUAGUCACCGCUAGACGAUGGCUAUUGAUGUGACGAUCAGAAUGGAAGAGCGGGUCAGAACUACGAACUCCAAUCCGUCGAAACAAAAACACUCAGCUCUCGCAAAAAGCAUUAGCUUUUGCUCUAUUUUACCCCUUCGUCAAUCAAUAGCACACCGUUUGAGUGGAGAUUACUCGUUGAAUCCAAAACGAUACCAACAAGCAAAUCUUUCCCAAAUACCAGCCAGAAUACUACUGAUGAUAGCAGAUCUUCGAUUAGCUAGUAAGUGGCACGCAUGUGAAGCAGACAUUUGCCAGGCUUUUUGUAUGGGCGUGUGUGAACGAAGCGAUUAGUAAGCUAAACAUUUCCAGACUAUGUGUUAGUGGAAUGCUGUUCUUUUACGUGUAAGCGAGGGCGAAAUGGACAAAACGCGAAAUUUGUCUCCAGGGUCUCUACUUUUAACAAUGAUAAAGUAACAUAGAUUGAUGCAAAGAAAACACACUCACACUCACAAUUACACUAUGUACGUCUAGAGCAUGAUAUAAACUAAAAAUCUAAACAUGUAGGUUAUAUAAAUAGCUGUAAAACUUUGAUAAGAAAGUCCAAAACAAGAAAAAACACGCUAGCCCUUUUGAACAAAAGUAUUUUACUCUCAGAUUUUAAUGUUCCAUUAUUUUCCUCAUACCUUUUGGGCGAAGGAAGAGAAGACAAGACAGCUGUUAGAGAAGACACCCGAUGGUGCUGGAAGUUUUUGUAAUACUUUCUUCAAAGAUGAGAUUAUACUGUGCAACCAUUCUUGUUUUGCCUUUGAUUCGAAAGGAAAUCCAUUCAAUGUUAAGUCUGCUAGCAUUUAUCCUAGAGCCGGCGUUUAAGUUUUGCUCUAAAUCUAUUACUAAACUGUAGGUUUGAAUGUUUUAAUACACUAAAACCGUUAUGCAUAAGAUCAUAUGAAUAGUCUUUAUUCACCACUACUACAAAUUCGUUAUUUUUUACUGGAAAUUUGUUCCGUUAAGCUAAUCGAGUACCUAUUCAUAAAACGAUAUAUUUACGUAACACUGCAACUGACAGAAAAUAUAUUAUUUUCUCAUAUAUGAAACUGCUCGUUCCAUAUUUUGUAAGGCUUGUGAGCAAGAGGUUGGACAUGAAUUGAAUAAAAAGAAAACACAGAAAAGAGGUUUGCGUUUUACAAACCUAAAUAGGGUUUGUAAAUUUGUUUCCCUAAAUUUUCUAAAUAAUUAUAAACCAAUUGAAGCUUACUCUUAUACGCUAAUCACUCUGUGCUGAUAGAUUUUAGUGGAUGGUAUCGAAACUCCUCUGAUUUUAUAAUAUUUCCCUCUUGAUAACAUACUGUGUCGACGUUUGAUCAAUUCAGAAAAAAUAAAACAUUUUCAGUAAAAAAAAAAAGAAAACAAACUCAAGCCUAACAAGACCUUAAAAGAUAACGAAACUAUCACUGCGCUAUUUUCAAGAUUUAUUCUAGUGGUAAUCGUAACAGAAAAAAAAGUACAGUAGUGCACUACGUGAAGCGGUCGAAGAACAUGUUGGAAGGUAUCAAAACAACGCUGAUGUGUAUGCAGAACAAACAGAUGAAGUAGAGGUCAUAAAUCGUAAAUAGCUUAGCUACUCUUUUACGCCAGAAACUAAGAUUAUUAAAAACGAAACAAAUAGUGGCAUUUGGACACAUUGAGGAA